CAAUAGCAUACUGCGCGACGAUCCGCCAUCGUCUCUACGAUCCUCUCUACGUUUUGCAGUGCUCGUGCUCAGACAUGUCUUAACACUGAUUAUGAUCAGCCAUCGGCGUGGAAGCACAUACAUUCAUCACAGCGUGUGAUUGCAAACAGGAAACGAUUUCGGAAUAUCACAGACGAAGCCGUCCUUCGGAAACAUUCUCUCGCAGUGAAGGCAGCUUCACUUUAGACUGGCCGCCAUUGGCAGGCUGCUUUCGAACAUGAGAUUACACAGAAAGCAUACUGCAAUCAACGAUCUCUUACUUCGCGUCGUACUGGUCGGCCAAAUUCCAACUCUGGCGGGCUUGCUCUAAAUUGCAAUGGUUGUCUGCAAAUAUUUCCUGCAGGGGAACUGCAAGUUUGGCAACAACUGCAGAAAUGAGCAUCCAGGAGGUGGCUUUAGUAGCCCAAACAGAUUCGGGGCCUUAAGUAGCGGAGGUGGCAAUCGCCUUGGAGGCGUUGGAAGCAGUGGCCGACAAGACUCCUGGCGUAUUAACAGCGUUGAUGUGAGAACCGAUUUGUCCUCUGAUAAAGGUCGGCCGAAAUGGAUCUUGUCAUCGUAUGGUCCAGGCAGAGAUCCUCCAGCUUCUAUACUCGAGGGCAAUGAGUACAGUCCGGAGGAGUUGCGGGUAAGAUUCUACGAAUUUGCAAGUCAAGGCAAGGAAGCCGAAGCCGACCAGGAAGCCAUUGCCCUCUGGAACAAGGCGGACCAGGACAUGAAGCAUAUUGUCAAUAAAGUCGAAGAUGUCAGCAGAUUCAUGGAAGAUGCAGACAAAAAACAUCCAAACAGAUACGACAUGCUGUCAAUGGACGGCUCAAAAUCUCGAGACGACUUCGUCAAGGGCCUCUCUAAUACCACAUCAAGCGGCGGAUUUGGUCAAAGUUCUACCCCGAACCCAUUUGCGAAGACCAGUGCUACUUCAUUCGGCCAGCCGGGCCAACCCGGAGGAUUUGGAUCGUCUUCUCCCCUCGGAAAACCAGCAUUCAGCCAGGGUGGGCUCGAAGGCGGAGGGGGAUUCGGUCAGUCCGCCAGCGGAGGCUUUGGCCAAACGGCCUCGGCUGGCACAUUUGGGACACCGGCUUUUGGUAGCCCGGGCUUCGGGCAGCCAGGACACGGUCAAGGCUCGCAAUCUACUGCUUCGUUCGGACAACCUUCGCAACCCACAGGUACGUUUGGCCAGCCAUCCCAACCUACGACAACAUUCGGGCAGCAAUCCCAACCGUCGUCAGGCUUUGGACAGCCAGCUUUCGGUGCGUCUGGCUUCGGUGCAAAUGCAUCUAAGAAUCCUUUUGCGCCAGCUUCUGCAUCAAGUGGGUUUGGGCAGGCGUCCUCAGGGUUUGGGCAAUCAUCACAGCCGACGGCGCCCUUUGGACAAGCCGGUCAAACCCCAGCUACGUUUGGUCAGCCGAUUCAGUCUUCUACGACCUUUGGCCAGCCCUCUCAACCAACCUCUACCUUUGGGCAGUCCCCUGGCUUUGGAAACGCGGGCUUUGGGCAGUCUAACGGCACUUUUGGUCAACCCUCACAGCCUCAGUCAGGCUUUGGCCAGGCUGUGCAACCCAGUGCCUCACCGUUCGGCCAAGCUGCGAGUACACCCCCCGGUUUCGGUCAAGCCUCCCAGCCAAAAGCUUCUGGGUUUGGGCAGCCUUCAUUCGGAACCAGUUCGACCCCAGCUUUUGGACAGCCAAGUGCUCCAGUAAACCCGUUCGGGAUCAGAUCUGCAGAGGAGCAACUUAAAGAUGAGAACAUGGAGACGACGUCUCCGGCUACGUCACGUCCAGCGUCUCGAGCAAAUCCAUUCGAAACAACAUCUGCUCAAGGCUUUGCUCAACAAUCUGCUCAUUCCCCUGCUCAACUUGCACCUGCUGCAGCCCAGCCUAUUCCAGUGGCUAGGCCGAUUGUCAAUACCUCCUCCACUUCCCAUCCUCUCAUCGGACGGCCUCCCCACGCUACUCAUUAUACUCAAAGUCUCCCACUCCAACCGACCCAGAAGAAUGCUUCUGGCCAGGUGAGUUCGUACCGCGGACAAGGUGUGCAAUAUUUGGAGGGUACUCCAUGCUACAGCCGACCAGAUGGCAAAGGCUGGGAGAAGAUUUGGUUCCCUGAUGCUGGUGCGACGCCAGAGGUUGUGGCACUGAACAGAGAAGAUAAAAUGGAUGAUACUCAGGGUAAGGCAGACGAGUAUACGGAUGAAAUUAAGGAGCAGUAUAGAUAUCUGUUCGAAGAAGGACAGUUCAAGGACGGAAAGAUCCCGUUGGUGCCGCCAAUGCGAGAAUGGAAUGUGUACGAUUUUUGAGCGCGGGCGAUAAUCAGGGUCAACGGCAACUCGAUGCCACGAGGGUGAUGCAAUGCCUCAAUUAACAAGCAAUUAACAAGAAAUUUUACAUGAGAAGCAUGGAGCACGGCGCACGCAACAACGGCUCAAGUCGAACAGGUGGAAGUUUCAUUGGACGCUUCAGAUUUGUUCCGCUCUUCAUCUCGUCUUGUACAGUCGAAUUAGCAAGCAGCCUUGGAUU